AUGCCUCUGGAAGAUUUAUUGGCAUUCUAUGGCUAUGAACCUGCAAUUCCAGCGGUUGCAGAUUCCAGUGCGAAUAGCUCUCCAAGUGAACUUGCAGAUGAACUACCAGAUAUGACACUAGACAAAGAGGAAAUAGCAAAAGACCUGUUGUCGGGUGAUGAUGAGGAAACGCAGUCUUCUGCAGAUGAUCUGACAUCAUCUGUGACUUCCCACGAAACCUCUGAUUUCUUCCCUAGACCUUUACGAUCAAAUACCGCAUGUGAUGGGGAUAAGGAAUCAGAGGUUGAAGAUGUUGAAACAGACAGUGGUAACUCACCUGAAGAUUUGAGGAAGGAAAUAAUGGUCGGUUUGCAAUAUCAGGCAGAGAUUCCCCCUUAUCUUGGAGAGUACGAUGGCAAUGAGAAAGUGUAUGAACAUGAAGACCAGUUACUUUGGCAUCCUGGUGUAGUUUUGGAGAGCAAAGUUAAGGAGUACCUUGUUGAGACUUCAUUAAGAACUGGAAAUGAAAAAAUAAUGGAUAGGAUUUCUGCAGUAACACACACAAGGGACAAUGAACAGGCAUUAUAUGAACUUCUUAAAUGUAAUCACAAUAUAAAGGAAGCAAUUGAAAGGUAUUGCUGCAAUGGAAAGGCAUCUCAAGAAGGAAUGACCGCAUGGACAGAGGAAGAAUGCCGAAGCUUUGAACAUGCACUCAUGCUCUUUGGAAAAGAUUUUCAUCUUAUACAGAAGAAUAAGGUGAGAACUAGAACAGUUGCUGAAUGUGUGGCAUUCUAUUAUAUGUGGAAGAAAUCUGAACGUUAUGAUUACUUUGCUCAUCAAACGAGAUUUGGAAAGAAACGAUAUAACCAUCACCCUGGAGUAACGGAUUAUAUGGAUCGUUUGGUAGAUGAAACAGAAGCUCUGGGUGGGACAGUAAAGGAAAUGAUGAUUAAUGAAGUAAAAAUAUGUAUGAUGACAAUGUUGCAUCAAACAGAGCAUAUUAAUAAAGAGGUAGAAGUUAUAAAAAAAGAAACAAAUGGAAAUUAUGGCGUUGAAAAGCACAAUAACUAA